AGAUGGCGAAGGCGGCAUUGGUCAGGUCAUCUGUAGUUUUUUUUUUUUGUAGUUUAUUAAUGCUGGCCUCUCAGUUUAUAAAGCCGCUCUCAUAUUCACGUUGAAUGAGUCAUACCUGCACUGUAACGUCCGAAGUCUGGGCCCAGUAAGCUACACCCUUAUAAACGCUCAUCAUAAACGCACAUGAGCGCAGCCGUCAGGUAGCGUCUACAGCCCCUCCUCUCAGGGGCAGCGCACCUGAGCGGACAGGACGCCACACCUGGCUCACAUUGGAGCCGCGCUCAAUGCCGCGGCACAGAGACGACGGGAAAUAAACUGGCGUCGUGGGGACCGACUUCUCUUUAUGGGACAUGGAGCCGGCCUAUCGGGGUCUGGGUCGCUGUGUGUGCUGCUUCUGGCUCGCGGUGGUGUUUGACAUUGUGGGACUGGCCGUGCUCCUCCUCGGCGUGUUUGUCAACGUGUUUUUCUACGACCUGCUCAUCUACGCGGGCGCCAUCGUCAUCUUCCUCAGCCUCAUCUGGUGGGUGUUCUGGUAUUCUGGGAACAUCGAAGUGCCCCCGUCAGAGCUGGAGGAUGAUGUGGGGUUACUGAAAAAGAACAAGGGCGGACUUGGGGGCAUCAGCGGCGCCGUGAGGCGCCUCUCCAGCCGCGUGUCCACCGGCAUCCGAAACUCGUUCCGCAGAAACGGAGAACCGUCCCAUACGGCCCGCAUGCCCAGGUCAGCCUCGGGGCCACCUGUGUCACCGCCGGAGCGGGUGACCGUAGCCAUGGCAACGAUGGGCAAUACCACACAGACUGCUACCUCCUCAAUAGCAGACUGUGGCGUAGAGAUGCCCCACACAGCUACAGAGACAUCACCUGCAUAAUGACGGGUACAGGUGAGGCCUGGCGUACAGAGCCUACAGACAUACAGAGCCCUAAGCCAUCUUCAGUGACUCCAGCUACUGCAAAGCCUCUUUAUUCUUUGUUUUGAUGAGAAAGUAUUCAUAAAAAUGUGAUGUCUGCAUAGUUUUGUUUUGGGUUGUUGAGUCUAACAUGUCUAAAUAGAUUUGUCUUUUUAAUCGAUAUGUUCAAAUUGUGGCAGCCUGAAUCCAGGUAGUUUGACAUUGCUACAGAUAUUGUAGUUCAGGGCUCCAACCAGUCAAAGGGUCUAAUCCAACCCACUGGAUGGCCCUGAAAUUUGAAUUUGAAAUUUGAAUGAUGAAGUUUUUAUUAUAAUUCACUCCCAUUCAUGGUGUGAUGAUGUCAGGUUUAGUACACAGAGGUAGAAAAAUGUGUUUAAGUUUCCACGUCUCAUCUUCAAAGUUGUUCAUAUAAAAAAAAGAUUUCUUUUUUUGUGUCCAUGUUAAUAUAUCUUCUGAUCUGUGAAUAAUAAUAUGACAUCCAUCCAUCCAUCCGCUUCCAUUUAUUAAUUUAAGUAUAACAGGAGCUCUCGGAGGCAGUGUACACCCUGGAGAGGUUGUCAGUGCGUCACAGGGCUAACACAAAGAGACACACAACCAUUCAGUUUGACAGCCACAGUCAGUCUAGAGUCACAGUUAACCUAACCCAUGCAUGUGUUUGGACUGUGGGAGGAAGCUGUACAAGCACAGGAGAGAAAGGCCCCAGACUGCAUUUGAACCCAGGACUUUCUUGUUGUGAGUCAGGACUUUAACUAGUGUUAUGCCCUCUAAUGUGACAUAUUAAAUAUAGAUAUAUUUGAAAAAGUGGUCAGGUUUAAUUGCAGCAAAAAACAAAACAAAACAAAAAACACAUGGUUGGGCUUACAGAAGGAUCAUAGAUUGGGAUAAUAUAGAUAUUAAUAUGCAGAAUGAAUCACUGAUGAUCUGGAGGCUCUCACUCCUGAACAUCUGAGUAGAAAAUAAAGACUAUGGAUAGACCAGCCAAUCAAUAUCAAGCAGAAGCAGCUCCUGCUGUAAAUUUGUUUGAAUCAGGCUCUUGGUUCAGGCCACUUAUACGGUGACUCUUAAUACAGACAGUGAUCAUGAUUACUGUACAUAUUAUGAGCUAGGAUUUAGCAGUAGCCAGAAUGUUACACUAGUGGAGUGUUUUUCCUGAACAAAACAGGACUGUGGAAAAAAGGUGUAACUGGCAGCUGGUCUUCUUGUUUCCACGCAUGCUGAUAGCAAGCCUUAGUGACUAACCUUUGGAACCAGCCUAGCUGUGUUUAUGACACUGCUGCUUCAUCUAACAUUAGCUCCACUGUUUCCCCGUACAUUAUAGGUUCUCCAACCAGUACAAUACAAAGAAAUUAAAUUAACUGGUUACAGCGUGAAUGAAGAAAAGUUACUCCAAAUAUUGUGUUAAACUAGUAUGUGCUGUUAUUACUUUUUAUAACUAAAUUUCAAACAGUAUGUCCCAUGUUUCUCUGAAUCAUUCGUUAGUGUGACUAACAUUUUGAACAUUGACAGUAAUGUCUGUUUUCACAAAGUUGUUUCCAUUCCCAUUUUGUACAAAUGUUGUGCAUUUCUAUUUAACUGAUAUAUGUUUUCUCCAUUUUUCUCUCAUUGCUGUACAAUGGCUGACACACUCAAAUUAGAUAAAAGA